GGACCCAUCUGCCAAGAGACCUACAGGCGAGGCGGCCACACGACAGUGAGUGCUUCCGCAGUGCGAUUAGUGUCUGCAAUUUUCGCGCGGUGCGUGUCGCGGCGCCGGGGUACUAGACGCCGGCCGCCGUCUGGCGCUUCUAUCUCGUUCUGCCUGGUGAAGCCGGGGCGCCGCGCGGCGGGCAGGAAAAAACCCAAGCGAAGAGCUUGCGAAGAGCCGGCGGGGCUAGAGGCCAGCGAAUGGCGAAACAAUCACGCCGCCCCGGCCCUGUUUCUUUCUUUGUUGAUUAUCCCGAAGAUGCGCCAGCGCCCGCAUCAUCGUGGAGAGCCCACAAUAUCCGCGCGCGCCGCCUUUGGCCGUCUUGGUUGCCCCUAUCUAACUGUCUGCGAAAGCGGGGCGCGUGUGCGCCCGCCCGCGCCCGCCGCCGUCGCUCCGGCUAGGUAGCAGGCGGGCCUGCUCUCCUGUGCCUGCGCCCCCCCUUUGGCCGGGCGGGCUCGUUUGAAUCAAUUUGCGCACGCAGCGCAAAGGGAGGCCGCCUCGGUGGGGCGUUCGCAGACUCCCGCUUUCAAUAUCAGGCGGAGAUGGGCCCGGGGUUUGGUAGCAAUGCCUGUCACUCCCACCCAGCGACGGACCUACCGCUACCGGGCCUUGUGGCCCGCCGGACGUUCGGCCGGCGAUCCUCGCAGGCAUUCGGGGGCAGGCAUCCAUCGGUGGGGGACGGCCCCGCGCCUGCUUCGCAGAGGCGCCGCGCGGGCGGAAGCUGGGCGUGUCACGCAGGCCUUGUCGCAUGCUGCAUUAAUUUGAAAAAGCAUUCGUCGCCAGUCCACGCGACGAGGGCGCGUUGGG